AUGGAAGCAAAGGCCACGCUUGAAAGUGUAGCUGAUAAGGCAACACUUUUAAGCGUAGCUGCAAAGCGUGGCCUUUUGCCUUUUAGGCUACCCUUGAAAGACAUGCUUGUGGCAUCAAUAGAUACAUCAUCAAGUUCAAUUGAAUGGAUGCUGUCAGAGCUUCUAAGAAAUCCAGACAUAAUGAAGAAACUCCAAAAAGAAUUAGAAGAAGUAGUAGGCCAAAACAGAAUGGUACAAGAAUCAGACUUAGAAAACUUAAAAUACUUAAACAUGGUAUUUAAAGAGUCAUUUAGGCUACAUGCUGCUGCCCCAUUACUACUUCAUGAAGCCAUGGAAGAUUGUAUGGUAGAUGAUUUCUAUAUCAAAAAAGGAUCACAAGCUAUUGUCAAUGCAUACACUAUUCAUAGGGAUCCUAAUUUUUGGACCGAUGCUGAUAAGUUUUUGCUAGAGAGAUUUCUUGAAAGUAAUGUUUAUGUUCGUGGACGUGAUUAUCAACUCUUACCAUUUGGUUCUGGCAGAAGAAGUUGCCUCGGGAUGCAAUUGGCAUUAAUUAUUGUUCGUCUUGUUGUAGCACAAUUGGUUCAUUGCUUUGAUUGGGAACUCCCAAAUGAGAUGCAGCCUAAGGAUUUGGACAUGACUGAGCAAUUUGGUAUAGUUACAGGCAGGGCAAAUCAUUUAAUGGUUGUUCCAACUUAUAGGCUACAACACAGCUGA